AGAGAGAGAGAGAGAAAGAGAGAUGAAGGGAUGACAUAAAACGAUGCAGAAAGAGGAGGAGAAGAGAAAAGGAACCGCUCUGCACGCGCUCAGACUCCUUCAUGGACAUGGACUAUUUUCGGGGUUUCUUCCUCCUUUUUUCUUCCCAUCGCUGUUAUUUUUUUUAAAACGCGCAGGAGAACCGUGACUGGCAUCAUCAAAUUCUCCCCCCACCCCCCACACGCGCACACAGACACACACAGACACACGCGCUCACAGGCAUAUGGAUACGCACGGACAUGGAGGGAGAUACUUUUUAUUUUAAGAUUUGGACUGGACUGAGAAAGAUAAGGUGAGGACCCCGGUUACACACACACAUACACACACGCACACACACAUUCACACACACACACACACACACACACACACACACACACACACACACACACUGGACGGACUAUGAACAGGAGGAUUUGAGUCUUUUUGCUUCUGCGCCGCAAAGUUGCGAAGACAUCUGUCCACUGUAGUCGUGACAGCAUGGAUGUCUCCGGCGCGUUGCCGGGCGCCCGGGGCCCCUCCAGGAUCAGGUGCUGCUGGCGGUUUUUCUUCCUGCUCAGCGUCCUUUGCCACCACUACCUGGGCUCCCUGCUGGACUGCCCGCCCACCUGCUCCUGCUCGCCCGCAGACAUCUACUGCAAUAAGUCGGACAGCAGCAGGUUCUUCCCGCUGCUGUCCUUCCAGGGAACCGGCAGCACCGCCAACAGCACCGGGAGCAUCGAGGACCUUUUCCAGAACAUCAGCUCCAUACACAUUGAGAACUGGACGGGUCUGCAGACGCUGAGGGACGUGGACAUGGAGCUGUACACCGGCUUACAGAGGCUAACUAUUACGAGGAGCAACCUGCAUACGAUCCAAGCUCGGGUUUUCUCCAAGAACCCCCUGCUGCGCUACAUAAACCUGUCCAAGAACCCCAUGUUGACCACACUGUCCUGGCAGAUCUUUGAACAUCUGCAGCUCUUCGAACUUCAUUUAGAGGAAGUGGUGUUUGACUGUGGCUGUGAGAUCCGCUGGCUGCAGCUAUGGCAACAGAGAGGAGAGGCGGGGCUAAGCAGCCAACAGUUGCGCUGUGCUGACGGCAACAGGACCAUUCUGCUGCACAACAUGAACAUCAGCAGCUGUGACCUGCCAGAUAUCAGCGUCAGCCACAGCAACCUCACCGUCAUCGAAGGGGAUCGAGUAACGGCCAUCUGUAACGGCUCGGGAUCCCCGUUACCUGAGGUGGACUGGCCCGUCAACGGCCUGCACUCCAUCAAUGCACAGGAGGCCAGAGUCUACGACAACAACACCAUUCAUUCCAUCAACAUCACGCUGGUCAACGUGAGCAGGGACGACAACAACUUCCUGCUAACCUGCACUGCCACCAACAUAGUGGGCAUGACCAACGCUUCGGUCCAGCUAACUGUUCACUUUCCCCCCUCGAUCGUGAAGCUGAAGGAGCCGGAACGCCGCCACGACACGUGCAUAGAGUUCACUGUUCGCGGCUCCCCCCACCCGGCCUUACGGUGGUUCUACAAAGAUGAGGAAAUAUCCCACACAGAGUAUGUGCGUCCUGAUAUGGAUAUUUAUCAGGACUACGUAGAGGGCUGCCUGACCUUUAAAAACCCUACGCACCACAACAACGGCAACUACACUCUGGAGGCCAGCAACUACCUGGGCGUGGCCACCAGCACCGUGUACGGCCACUUUCUGGACAAUCCCUUUGAUGGUCCGGAAACAGAUUAUGAUUAUGUGACCCCGACUGCAGAGACUCACAAACCUGAAGAAGAUACGUUUGGGGUCUCCAUAGCAGUUGGGCUUGCGGGGUUUGCCUGUGUGAUGCUGGUCGUUCUCUUCCUUCUCGUCAACAAAUAUGGACGACGCUCAAAGUUUGGCAUGAAAGGACCAGUAGCAGUGAUUAGCGGGGAAGAAGACUCUGCCAGCCCCCUUCAUCAUGUCAACCAUGGGAUUAUGAGCCCCUGUACGCUGGAUGGCGGGCCAGAUGCCGUGGUGAUUGGGAUGACCAGGAUCCCCGUCAUAGAGAACCCACAGUACUUCAGACAUGGACACAACUGUAACAAACCCGCUACCUAUGUUCAGCAUAUUAAACGGAGGGACAUUAUUCUGAAGAGAGAGCUCGGAGAAGGAGCCUUCGGCAAGGUCUUCCUGGCUGAAUGUUACAACCUGAGCCCGACCAAGGACAAGAUGCUGGUUGCUGUAAAGACUCUGAAGGACCCUACUCUCGCAGCCAGGAAGGAUUUCCAGCGCGAGGCUGAGUUGCUGACCAACCUGCAGCAUGAACACAUAGUCAAGUUCUACGGUGUGUGUGUGGACGGAGACCCUCUGAUCAUGGUCUUCGAGUACAUGAAGCAUGGAGAUCUCAACAAGUUUCUCAGAGCCCAUGGGCCAGACGCCAUGAUCCUGGUGGACGGACAGCCUCUGCAGACCAAUGGGGAGCUGGGUCUGUCCCAGAUGUUUCACAUAGCCAGUCAGAUCGCAGCUGGCAUGAUCUACUUGGCGUCUCAACACUUUGUGCACCGCGAUCUGGCAACCAGGAACUGCCUGGUGGGUAAUGGCCUGCUGGUGAAAAUAGGAGACUUUGGCAUGUCCAGAGACAUCUACAGCACAGAUUAUUACAGGGCAUCACGUGUGGGAGGGCACACCAUGCUGCCUAUUCGCUGGAUGCCUCCAGAGAGCAUCAUGUACAGGAAGUUCACCACAGAGAGUGACGUGUGGAGCUUCGGAGUCAUCCUGUGGGAGAUCUUCACCUACGGCAAGCAGCCGUGGUUCCAGCUCGCCAAUAAUGAGGUGAUAGAGUGCAUCACUCAGGGCAGGGUACUGGAGCGGCCCAGGCUCUGUCCAAAGGAAAUCUACGACAUGAUGUUGGGCUGCUGGCAGAGGGAGCCACAACAGCGCCUCAACAUAAAAGACAUUCAGAAGAUGAUGUUUACUUUGAUGAAAGCAACACCGGUCUAUCUGGACAUUCUUGGAUAGAAAUGGAUAGGGGGGCCGGUGGCGGGUGGGUGGUAAGGGGAUUGGAUGUAUUUAGGUCGGACUAAAUUUUCAAUGGAAAAUACAUAGACAGUACAAUGGAUUGGGAGGAUUGCCUCAUAGCAGAACUUGGCCUGGACUCACAGCAUAGUCUGGGAUGGAACCAUGGCAACUGGGACUAGGAAUGGACUGUACCUCGUCCCCAACUGCCAGACAUAUAAAGUAUCGGAAACGUGGAGUAAUGUCUAUCUCACUGGAUUGGAAUGAACUGGAAAACAUUGCAUUGCGUCACAUUAAAGUCAAAGGGAAUGUCUUGGGUAUGGGCUUGUUAGGUCCAGUCACUGAAAGACUUGACUAUGAAGAUCGGAUUGCAUCAAACUGGACUGAACUGGAUUAACUUGAUUGUACUGGUCUGGUAUGGUUUGAUUUAACUGUCCUAAUCUAGGUACCUCCAUGUCCUAGCUUAUUUCCUCAUUUCAUCCAUUUUGAAUCAGUGCAGCUUGAGUUCUUGAGCUUGAGGAAGCCUGACCUGGCCCGGUAGAAUUUGACUCUGCUUGGCUAUAUUUCUGAUAUCCUAUCCCUUGAGAUAUUGACCACACCCUGGCUUGUGUUGUCCACUGGAAAGUCAAGCAUGGGUUGGUUUGGCUCAAUUAUGCUUGGUUUUACAAACCCUGCAUUAGAGGCAUUUUCCAUCUUAAUUGCUAGGUCCUUUUUGGCUUGGACUUUGCCUGGUCCUGACACAGUAAACCAUCCUCCGCAGAGUAAUGUAGAAGUUCAGAAAAGUACCCAGUAAUCUAAAGAUAUCUCAUGCUUUUUUAAACAUUUGGAUGAUUGUGUGUUCCAGGAUAUCUUACCCAGGCUUAGGUAUUUACCUGUAAUUAUACAUGCCUCGGGCUUGCCAUUAUUGCUUGGCCAAAAUGACUUUUGAAGUACUAAUCAUGUCUGUUAAGUAAAUCCGUAAGGGUCAAUCAUAUAUUUAAUGACCUACUUUUGGGGUGGGAGCUGUCUGCUUCUGUUAUUCCAAAAAUGAUUAUCCCAAUCUUUGAUGGGUGGUUCAUUCAUUGAAACAUGGAUAGAGGAACUGAAGUGUUGCAUCAUUUCAUAUUGAUAUUUUUGACUACUCCUAAAACCAGCAGCCUCCUAAUGGCUGCCACUGGAAUUAACCUGAUACAAAUGUCAAAGAAAGACACAUGCUGACAAAGUCAACCCCCACAUUCUAGACAGAAGUCAGAAAAACAAGGACCAGGCAGGUGUGGCUUAACGUUAAGGUGGUGCACUGUUCACGUGACCAUAUGUAAGACAGAUUUCAUUUUUCAUCUCUGUUCAUUGAAACGCGCGUCAACGAGAAAGGACAACGUGCAUGAAUCACACACAUCACGUGCAGCAUCCCCCGUGUCAGCGCGCUCCAAGGUUUCUAUCUGCAAAGCCUUCUGGUCCGGGACUCACGCUACCGAACUGAGCUGCUACCAGACCUUCCAAUCCUGAGCCUGGAGGUGUGGCCUGAGUGACCGUCUGUCGCCAUAGAGAUGGACCUAAGUGCCUCCUACUUCUUUCUAAACACUGGAAACUCAAAAAAAAAAAAAAAAUAGUCUUUCAAAAUAAGAGCACUUUUACAUUUUGUUUACCUGCUUAUAAAAUGUACACUAGCUGUCAAACGUCCUCGUUUUUUCUUACAAAGUUUCAGCACUCUAUGUAUUGCAAAAAAAAAUAAUACCCAAAAACAGGAAUAAAAUGAUGAAAAUGAUACAGAAAAAAAUUUACCCGUGGGGGGAAAAAGCAAAAAAUGUUUAAAAAUAGAAGAAGCUUUUUUGUACCAUUUGCAGCUUGACAAAAUCAUUCAACUACCCAAGGUAAAGUUACAUUUUCUUUAAAGAAAAUAUUCUAUAUAUUUUUUUUAAUUUCUUUUUCAUUUUAAAUCAAAGAGUGGACCUUUGCCAUGCUUCAAAGCCAUUGGAAUAUUCUGCCACUGGGUAGCAAAGACCUGGUCACCAGGAGUAGUCCAACUGUGUGUUGCGUACCUGGAUGGUCUCUGGCGUCACCGAGCAACAACAGCUCCACGGCAACACAACGGAUCGACCAAGCUGCCGGUCAAUGAACAACACCUUUUUAAAAAGAAUGUAUAUACUGUAAAUCUUUACGUCUUGAGAUAUGUUAACUUAUUUCUUUUUCUCGAGUUUGAUUGUUUUUAGCUUCUUGAUGUGCUGUUAAAUAGUUCAGUGAAGCCAAAAGAUCUUUUAACAAUCUUUCUUUCUAGUUGAAAUUACACUUAUUAUUUACUUUAUCCAGUCACACACUGUCUUUUCUACAUUUAACAAGAUAAUCUACAUUGAAAUCAGUUCUGUUCAUUAUUCUUUUAGUUGCUCAUUUAAUAGAAAGGUCAGAAAGUCAGGACAGUAGUAGAAAGACGUAAAGUUAUUGGGCCAGUGUUUGAAUAACCUGCUCAGAGUGCAAGUCCUCUUCUAGGAUCAGGGACAUUCUUCAUUUUUAUACGUCCUAUUACAUGCUGAUUUUUGGAUGCUUUUAUAUAGACCUUAGUGGUCCCUAAUGCUGUAUCUGAAGUCUCUUUUAUAUAGACCUUAGUGGUCCCUAAUACUGUAUCUGAAGUCUCUGUUAUAUAGACCUUAGUGGUCCCCUAAUACUCUAUCUGAAGUCUCUUUCCCGAAAUUCAGCCUUGGUGCAGAAUUCCAGCCACUAGAGCCAGUCCCACAAUGAGCUUUCCUUAGGAUGGGCCAUUUCUGAGUCUGUAGCUUUAAAUGCUAAUGAGGAGAAGAGAUGGGGGCAAGGUGGAGGCUGGGGGUGUGGCCUUGACCAGCUUUGCUUGGUGCAAGCCAUGAUGUCUUUCUUUCAUGGGGGUCCAAAUUCUCUGGGUUGGCAAAGCAGAGAAAGGGGAGGUAACCUUGCCCAUUAUGACCUCAUAAGGGGUAAGAUUCCAGAUCGGCCCAUCUGAGCUUUCAUUUUCUCAAAGGCAGAGCAGGAUACCUAGGGCUCGGUUUACACCUAUCACCAUUUCUAGCCACUGGGGGACCAUAGCCAGGCUGGGGGAACGCAUAUUAAUAUUAAAAAACCUCAUAAAGUGAAAUGUUCAUGCCAUGGGACCUUUAAAGGAACAGUUUCAACAUUUAGUGAUUUAUCACUUUUAGUCAGAUAAAAGGAUUGGCAUCCAUUCUAAUCUCAGUGUCAGCCAAUGGCGUGUUUAGCCUCUUGAAACCACGGGCCCAAGACACAAAAUUAAUGAACACAUUAUGUCUUUUUUUAACUGGGUUUGCAAUUAAUUAUGAUCAGAAAAGAACUUGUACUCUGAAAGGCUUACUAAAAAUGUUUUCUAGACAUAUAUAUCCAUAUAUGUGUAUAUAUGUCUGGAAAACUACAUAUAUAUAUACCUGUAUAUACAUAUGCAGAUUUUGAUCAAAAAUACAGUAAUUCAUAAACAAUGCUAUUGGCUUAAUCUCACCAGGAAUGACAAAUAAGGACAUCACGUCAUUUGCUAGACAUGCUCUACAGGUUUGAUAGGUGGGAAAUUCUGUCAAAAGCAAAAACCUUGGGUCACUGAGCUCUUGAAACAAUUAGUUAAGAUAUCUGUCUUUAAUGAAUGACACAAACCAGUUAUCAGCAGUCAGCGCUCUGCCCAUUAGCUCGACAAGCAAAACUCAUACUAAACUGUGAUUGAGUCAAAUUAACAAACCUUGUUGAAAUAUUGUCUGAAAUUGUAGCCAUAACUGCAUAAAUGUGUCAUUUGUGUGAAGGUUAAGAAUGGGUGACAAGGCCACAGGGAGAAAGAGAAAGGUUUAGCAUGAACAGGUAGCUGAGAGAUGUCUACAUGUAAGCCACUGUCAUACUAUCCAGUGUACUGUUGUUUGAUUGUCAUGUAUCUGAUGUUGUUAGAUCUAGUUUGUGCUAAAUCAUUUAACCCUAAAUUCUCACCUGGCAUUAAAGUUGUAAUGGAGGUACAAAUGUGUCAAUAUGCUAACAGCCCUUCUGCCUGGGGAGAUGGUAUGAGCAAAUUGGAUUUCAAUGCUUCUGUGUGUGGCCUCGGGUUAAUACUAAAUGACAUGUUCAUGGACAAAUUACUACCAGAAUGCCAGGAUAAAAUAAGGCCAACUGUUUGUUACAGCUUGUGUAAAACAUCGCCCAGAGGGCGAACCUUUCCAGCCUCUUUCUUUCUAAAACCUUUCAAGAACUACUGUAUGAUACCAUCACUACUGUAAUCAUAGGUGGCUGUUUUCUCUUUUGACUGUUACCAUGUUAAGCGGCUAUAUUCCACAAUUAUGAGUAUAUUAGAAGAUGGAAUUUUAGCAGGCACAUGAUUAAGCUACAGUAGCUCUCCGAUCCCGUAAGCAACAAGUCACAGCUUGUGGUUUUUCCCACUGCUGAAAAAGUCUGUUGUGCAUAGAAGUGGAAAUAGGAGAAUGUAAAAAGACACUUAUAUUGGAUCGGCGGCAUGUACAGUAAGUUCCAUCUUUCUCUCACUGUAAAUGUUUUUUUUUUUCUGGAUGUCCUCCAGGAAGUCAGGUUUUACAGAUACGGUGUAGCUGCUUCAUUAGAAUGUCCACAGGUUGAUGAACUCAUUGUAGCAUCUCCCAUCGCUUAAGAAAAGUGUAAAAAAUGUGUUUGUGUUGCAGAGCCUGAAGAGCCUUUGAUGAUGGUAAUUCACACCCCCAAACAUGUGAUAGACCGGCCUUCAUUUUGCUCUCGAGACACGCUCAGACUGUAUGUUUGCCUUGCAUUAAUCACCAGAAUGGGCCGCUGGAGGGUUUUGGCCAUUCAUACACAGAGAGAUAUAUUUAGAGGAAAUCUUACAGUGGUUACCCUCGGAGAUUCUCAUUUUAUAUCACAGACUCAAAGUGUUUCACAUUAUAGCUGCAAUGUAAAUCCCCAGCUGUGUUAUCUGCCUCAGCUACAAAUCGUGUAGCAUGUGUGGACAAUCUGUUGUCUGUCAUCCCCGUGAUAUCCUGUGGUAUAGUAAAACCUGGUAAACCUCAGGGUUCACUUCUUCCCCAUCCAACAGGACUUCUGGGUACAGCUUUUAUACAUGUGGUCCUAACACACAGGUCAAGUUCUGCAGACGUAGAAAGACCAGUUGCCCGGCUUUGCUUUCAUUUUAAGAUCACAUGACAGUGAAGUGAUGGAAAAAUCCUUUCAGUCAGUCUAGCAUAGAUGAUUAGCAAAAAGAACGAAGAUAAAGCAUUACCAUCCAUUUUAUUUCAUUUACUAAUUGAUAUCAGCUGUAUUAAUUCAGGAGUCCAGGACCAGGUACAUAUACAUAGGGUGAGAGUGGUGUCCUAGUAUAAAAUGCACAGCAACAUAUUGGUUAAUACCCUCCAGUGGCAACAUUCGGGGGCAAUGCAGGGGGAAGCGUGCCCGUAGUGAGUGGGGAAAUCAGGGUGUGGGGGUGGGGGGAAGCUAGAUGACUUUGUGUCGCAUCACCUGUAAUUUGUCCGCAGGCAUGUAAGAUAUUUUGUUAACCAAAGUAGAUAAUUUAAUAAUUUAACGUCAACCAGCAACAUGAUCUUGACAGUUGAAAGUUGAUAUGUUCAGGCUUACUCAUUCCAAAUGCAUUGGCACUGACAGUUACCAAAUGUCAGUAUUGAAUGGAACCCAGCGUUUUGCCGAUCCAUUCCAUAUCAUUGUUCUGUCUGGCAGUUGGGUUAAUAUUAUGCUGCAAAUUAUAUUAUUUGGCCAAAAAGGAAAAAUAGAAUAUCCAUCAUCCCAAAAUCUACAACUUGCUAGUAAAUUGUUUGUAAUCUUUGUGGGGUCGGGCCUAUCGUGUUCCCUGUUUGGUGGUCAGACUUCAGGACUCUAAAGGACUUUAUAUGAUGCAGCCAGGCCAAAACCAACCCCCACAAACCUGUUACAUGUUUCCAGCAGACCUGACACAUUCUUGGCUAGGACAUCCAGCGUCCUGGAGGACAAAAUAAGUCUCUCAUAGAGUGUGAACACCGCGCUGCAGAACGUGUCCUGUGUGAUCACAGCUUUAAGCUUUCAUCGAGUCUCAGUUGUAUAUUUCAUUACUUCUAAUGGCAUUAGGGUGUUGGCUCGUGACAUCACAUUUAAACUACUGUCUCUCUUUUUUCCAGCGUCAUUGUCCUUUCUCUUCAAUCUGACUCGCUCAUGUACUCUUUCACCCUCUCCCCCCCUUUCUCUCAAGUCUUGCAUCUUGUUUCCCAUUCAAUGUAUUUAAGCUGAAUAUGUUAAAGCCAUCAUUACUCAAUAAUAAGUCAGUGUCUUUCUCUUCUGCUCUCUCUCUCUCUGGGUAACGUGUUGUAGAUCUGUCUCCAUACUAUCAUUUUAUUACGAUGUAUUAGAAUAAUUUGACAACGUGUAUAAUGUCUUUUUAAAAAGCUGAGAUGUGGUGAACUUCUAAGGUGGCUCUGUUUGUGAUUCCGACUCAUUAAAAGUUACUUCAUCUUUGG